AUGUCAUCAAUGGUGCCUCAACACAUGGAAAUAGAGCUUACGCAUGAGGAUAUUCUUAGAUUUCUUCAUCAAAAACAAAAUCAAGAUGUCGAAGGUUCAAAAAAAUUUUUAGAAUACGGCUCGAGUUACCUUUUGGCUUGCUAUAAAGACAACAUUCCGGCCCAUUGGUUAUGCAGCGAAGAAUUUGUGGAAAUUACGACUGAAUUGCUACAUUUAUUCUCAUUGAAUUAUACUAAUGAACAAGUUGAAGAAUUUAAAAAUGUAAUGGCGGAUCAGCUUUCUAACUGUGUUGAUUGUGUUGAAAUAUAUUAUAUUUAUAAAGAAGAUAUGCGUCAAAGAUACCUCAAAGCAUAUAACAAUACAAAUGAUGUAAAUGUGCUUUUUGAUGUCACUAUAAAAGCUUGGGACAGAUUUCGUGUUCACAGUUCUCUACAAAAGUUGAACAGGCAAUUAAAAAGUUCAUCGUCAGAUAUACUGACAUCAAAUUCAACUAUCGCAAUAUUAUCAGAGAUUAUGUUCAAUCCGUCUUUGCUUAUUGAUCGUUCGAUCAGUUCACUCUAUGCUGAUUUGUUUCUUUCAAUCCCACAAAAUAUUUUGGAACAGAUGUGUAGAGGCUUUUUGCCCGGAAUGAUUAUUGUAUCGGUUCAUGAGAAUGAUAACUUUAGGCAGUUAUUCUGGAAAAUAAUGCAAGGUUUUCCAUUGGAAAAUUCAGUCAAACUAGAAGAUUUCAACGCUCACGGGUAUUCUGGCCCAAUGCAAAGUGUAAUUCGUCGUUUAGAGGAUUGGAAUAGUAAAUGUUCUCAUUUUCAAGAAUAUCCAUAUACAAAAAAUCUCAAACUGUAUUGGAAAGGUCUUAGAAGAAUAUUGUGCUGCCUAGAUUCAUCCACAAUUGUCAACGGGUUGUGUGAAGAACCUAUUAAAAUCUGCAAUUUGGUCAUCUCCACUAUCAAUAACCAAGAGCAGCAAGAAAGUGUGUUCGUUGAAGUUAUGAAAUGUUUUCAGGCUCUUUUGAAAAAAAUUAAGAUUGGAUUUUGGAACAGCGCAUCAGUAUCUGCACAAGAUUUAAUGAAUUAUAUAUUUAGCAGCUCAAUUUUUCGUAAAACUGUAGAAUCUCUUCCAAAAAAACGCAAGCAUCUACUAGGAUGGGUUACUGAGCUUAUAGAAUCAUCAGUGAAUGUCUCUCCAACCCUUUUUGAAUAUUUGUUGUAUUCGUUUCAGAGGACCUCGUGGCCUAGUGAAUUUGCACUCGAAUCUUUAGAUUUGGCGUUAAAAAUAUUGAAAAGACACAACCUCAAAAUAGAUUCAACAUUAGGUUUGAAGCUAAAAAGUGUAGUCACUAACGAAAAGAAAGAGUUUAUUGACGUUUUACUUGGAAGUCGACGUCUUUCUUUUAUUAAUGAGAUAUUAUCUCUCAAUGUCGCGCCAGCGUCAAAUGACUCUAGUGUCCCGUUCAACAAUGGUAUACUUUCACAUUCAACUGUUUUGGACACUCCAAUAACUUCAAAAUCUUCUUCAAAAUCAAACAAUUAUCAAAUUCCUGUAAACCCCGAACCACCUGCCUUUGAAAAGAAGCCACAAUCAACAGUAUUUAAGCCUUCGAAUACGAGGAUGCCAAUCUCAAUGAACACUUCAAGUAAAACAUUACCUACUAAAAAAGGAACAAUAGGCAAAAUGAGGGAUAAGUUCAUUAAAGAGAAUCAAGCCAAACAUAAAGAGAGACAAGACAUGAUGCGACAUGCAAGCACAUCUAAGAUAUCAAACCGAAGACUUAACUCUAUUACUGGUACCUCGAGUGCAUUUGAAGAGCGAAGUCAGCCUAAGCCUCCAGAACAACCUCGGCGAACGAAAUUGCUCGAUUUCAAUGAAGUAAUUUCUCAUCACAAAGCACUUCAAAAUAAUAAACAAAAAGAUAGAAUUGUACAAAUACGAAGGAAAGAAGACAAUAUGAAACGACUUAGACCAAACUUAAAAAGCCUCCACAAACAAGUUUUAACGUGGAAUGUAAAUUCUAUGGGAGAUAUACCACCAAAUAUUCUUAAGAACAACUAUAAACAUAUUCCAGAUAAAUUUCAAACGGUGGAAGAAUAUAUCAGUGUCUUUGAACCACUUUUAAUACUUGAGAUAUGGCAAAGUUUUAUCUCAGCAAAAGAGGAAAUUGAUGAUAGUGGUGAUUCUUAUGUUGUUGUUAUAGACGGUAGUGUAUCGAUUGACGAUUUUAUUGAAGUGGAAUGUCAUUCCGUGGAUAAUGGACAACUCAAGAAUCUGUCAGAAAAUGAUCUUGUAAUGAUGAAAUCAGUAAAUAAUGGUGAAGGAUUCUUUAAAAGAUCCAAAAUUUUUCUCGCUAUAGUUAAGAGUGUUUAUUCUAGUAAAUUGAAUAUGCAUUGCUAUUUCAAUGAUGAUCCUCAUAACAUCAGAGGUGAAUUGAGACCGCGCAGUUCAUGGACAGUUGAGAAAGUCAUAAGUUUAACGCCUGCGGCACGUGAAUAUGCUGCGCUUAUGGCAUCUCCUUAUUAUAAAUUCAUUAAUUUGAUUAUGCAACCAAAUUAUCCUAAAAUUUCAAAAUGUCCGAAGGCACAAUUAGAACGAUUAAUCAAUGUAUAUCAAAUUAAUGAAUCUCAAGCUGAGGCAGUAUGGAAAGUUUUGCAAAAUAAAGAUAAUAUCUCUUUAAUACAAGGUCCACCAGGAACUGGUAAAACAAGCACAAUCGUGAGCAUUAUAAGUGAGUUGAGAUCAAUAUCCGCUACGUAUAAACCACGGAUUUUGGCUUGUGCACCUUCCAAUGCUGCUGUUGAUGAAAUUGAAAAAAGACUUAGGGACGGUAUUUACGACUCUAAUGGCAACCUCGAAAAGGUUGUUGUUGCUAGAUUCGGAAAGUUUGAGCAUGUUAUUAAUGAAGAAACGAGCAAUUUGAAAAUACGGAUGGCAACUCUUUCACAAGAGAUUAAUGAAAAGAAACGCCGCCGUCAGGAUCCGCGAAUAAGCGGAUGGGAUGCCGAGACAUUAGAUGCUCAAGUAAGCCAGAUAAAUGAGGAGAUUGAAGAGAUCCGAAAAACAUUGCGUGAUUCUGAAGAUAACAAAAAUGAAAAAUCUCGACGGAUUAAUAAAGAACUUCUUGAAGCAGACAUUAUCUGCGCAACAUUGACUGGGAGUGGUCAUGACAUGUUGGCAGAUUUCACUUUUCAAGCAGUGAUUAUUGACGAAGCGGCACAAGCUAUCGAAUUGACAUCUCUCAUACCUAUGAAGUUUAAUCCAAGCUGGUGUGUUCUUGUUGGUGAUAGCAAUCAAUUACCACCAACAGUUCUUAGCAGAGUUGCCACUGAUUUUUUUUACGAGCAAAGUUUAUUCAGCAGAAUUCAAAGGAGUGCACCUGAUUCAGUCCAUAUGCUAAAGAUACAAUAUAGAAUGCAUCCAGAGAUUUGUCGAUUUCCCAGCCAGUUAUUUUACGGUUCUGAAUUACAGGAUGCAAUGGGAUUAGAACAACUUCGAACUCAGAGAUGGCAUGUAAAACGAAUCUUCUCUCCAUAUAGAUUUUUUGACGUGUUAGGCAUAAUGGGACAAGAUCAAAAUUCUUUUUAUAAUAGAGAAGAAGCAAUUACUGCUGUUAAACUAAUUGAAACACUCAUAAUGGAUUUUCCAGAAAUCGAUUUUAGGAACCGAAUUGGUGUAAUAACACCAUAUAAGCGGCAACUUGCCGAAAUAAAACGAUUAUUUAUUCAAAAAAUUCCUACUGAUUUAUACAGGGGAAUGGAGUUUAAUACUGUAGAUGGUUUUCAAGGGAAAGAAAAGGAUAUUAUCAUCUUUUCAUGUGUUCGUGCUGGAAGAGAAAGUAGUGUUGGAUUCCUUAAGGAUAUAAGAAGAAUGAAUGUAGCACUGACUCGUGCCAAAUCUUCAUUGUUUAUUCUUGGAAAUCGAUUUACGCUUGAAAAAAACUCUCAUUGGAAAGAAUUGAUUGAAAACGCAAUACAAAGGGGACUAUACAUUCGCUGUUCUGGUUAUCAAUUUGCAAUGGAACUUGAUGCAGAAGUUGGGCGGGCGGCAUCGAAUGAAGUUAUGAUUGUACCUUCAGUUUCUUUUCGAGACGCAAGAAAUAACACACAAGAGAAUUCAAUUGGAUACAACGCACAAGAGAACUCAGUUGGAUACAACACACAAGAGAAUUCAAAUGGAUGGGAUAUACAAGAGAAUUCAGUAUGGGAAACAGAAGAGAAUUUAAUUGGAAACCAACCUAUAAACCUAGGGUCUGGUGGUAGGGGUCAUAAUUUUGGAAGAGGUUCACGACAUAAGCGUAAUUAUAGUGGUCGUGGAAGGGGAACGUAUCGCGGUAAUAAUAAGCGUAAAAAUGAAAAUAAACGAUUUAAACGAUGA